AUGUCAGAUACACCAGAACGCCAGAGGUUCAUAGACUUCGCUAACAACUUCCCUCACGAAUGGUUGACAAACAAGGAUGUUCUUCCAGGUGUAGGCACUUCCCAGAAAUACAGAGUGUACAACGAUGACCGUACUCAGGCAUGGGAUUUCAAACUUAUUGCAGACAGUUUAGGUCUACCUGGUGUCAGGUACUGGCAUCGCGUCGAAAUCCGCGAGGAAGAAGUUCCUGAUGACCCAAAUGCAAUAACGUCGUUUCCAACUCGGGCCAUAAUCCUAAUCCCUCGUGGCCGCCGAGAUAUGAGUCAUAGCGGAUUGCGAGAUUUUCUCAUCACCGCCUAUGACGAAAAAGAAUUUGCGGCGAACGCUGCAGGUUUCCACAGCACGGCACUGAGAUGGUCCGCCAGAAAUGUUGUUGCAACGCUUCAAACGACGAACAUCGAUUUAUAUCCCAACGUUCAGCUGUAUAGCCAUGAGUUGAAUGUCAGUGACUCCAACGGGAAGCGCACUAUCAGACUUGAGAGCUUUCCAGACCAUCCAUUCACUGACAUACCAGCUACUAUGGCUUGUUAUGUCACGAACGAGCGUUACUAUGACAGUGUUUAG